AUGACAAUCUCCAAAUUAUUCAAUAUCUUAUUUAUCGCUCUAUGUGGCAAAUUCUCUAGAGCUCAAGAUAUGAUGACAUUAAAGAGAGAAAUAUCUCCUCCAUUACUAUUUAAUCAAUCUAAUGAUUAUAUUCCAACUCAUCUAGGAUCAAUAAUAAUAAAUGAGACAAUUAUUGAUCAAGUUCCAUCUACCGUACCUAUGACUCUAAUAAAUUCUAGUAGUACAUUACAGGACACUUCAAGUGAUACUUGGAAAUUACUAGUUAAUAUUACAACUAAUCUAGAUCCUGAUACAAGUAAAAAUUACUUAAAACCAGUAACAAAAAUUAGAAAUGUUGCUAAAACUGUACCUGAUAUCCGAUCAUCAAUACUUAACUGCAUAAAUACUAUCAGAUCUGUAGAAGCUCAAAAUGCAGCAAAUAUGAAUAUGUUAGCUUGGGACUAUACAAUAGAAGGUUAUGCAACUCAUGUAGCUCAGCAUAUCUGCACAACAGGUAAUGUUGGAAAAAGUCCCAAUACCUGGCCUUUUAGAGGAGCUCCUGGAGAGCUUAUUGCUAUUUCACACAAAAUUAAUAGUACAAAUCCUGCUGAAUUAAUGGAUAAAGUUUGUGACUUAGUAUUGCAGUGGAAUAAUACGAGCUCAAGUUUACCAAAAAAUAUUGAUUUCUCAAAUCUAUUAUAUUGGGAUAUUGGAGACAGCUUUGAUUUAGCUGAGCCAUAUUUACAACUUGUAUUAGCCCAUGUAACAUUGGUAGGCUGUUCUUUUCAUACAGAUUGCCACAGUAAUAUAGGUAGUGUUGUUGUAUGUCAAUUUAGUGAUAAACCUUCAGCUUCUCAACCUCCAUAUGCAAACAUUCACAAGACCCUUGAAUUAACAGAACCUCAAAGACAGCCAUGUGGUAAAUGUGGUUUUGGGGCUAAGUGUUGUGCCCAGAAUUUAUGUGUUGGACGUGAUAUUGGAUCUAUGUGUCCAACAUGUACAUUCUCAGAGCCCUUAGAACCAAAUCAUAGUGAUGUAUCCUCUUGUUUUGAUAGUUAUUACCAACCAUGUAACCAAUCAAACUGUCCCGAGGCUUGCAUAGGUAAGCACCAGAUACCUGAUAAUCUACUAGUUAAUCAAUGUCUCUGUACAUCAAAACAAACAAUGGAAGAUAUGCUUCUAUUCCAACAACUCCCAGAGGAUCCCCAAAUUUUAUAUACAGAAGGGUGGCUCCAUAAAAAGUUUUAUUAUCAUGGUCUAUGCAGACCUCUUACAUCCUCAAAUCCUAACUUACAAUCUUACCCUCCAGUUGGUGGUAUUCAACAAGUAAUACCAAAUGAUACACAAGAAGAAAUUGAACAAACUAGUGGUGUGACAGUUGCAGCAGAUAGUAUACGUGCUGCAUUAAUUAAUUCUUUGAACUUAGCCCGCUCAUCACAACCUGCAGCAGAUAUGGCAAUUUUAGCAUGGGACUACACUUUAGAGGGGUAUGCAAGAUUACGUGCUCAGCAAUUAUGUGAAGAAAUCGAUACUAAUAUUACAUUAGGAAGUGCACAAAAUUACCCACCAUAUGUGCAAUGGCCAUUUAGAGGAGGUUCUGGUGAGACAAUAUUUAGAUACUCAGAAUCUGUUACUGUUCCGGAAGAUGCAGAUGAAUUCGAAUCUAUACAACUACAAUUAGGAUCACUUGAAACUGAAGAAUUAGUUAAUUUAGCUGUAAGUACAUGGGUAAAAGAAGGUGAGACCUUUGACUUUUAUUAUCCAGAAAAAAAUAUUGGUAAAGAUUUCACAAAUUUUAUAAUGGUUACACGUGCAGAGGCAACAGCUGUAGGAUGUGGAAUAAGCACUAACUGCAAAUACCAAAAUUCAAAAAGUGUUUUAGUAUGCCAAUUUAACUACCCAAAUAUCAAACAACUUAUACACCAACAAGAAUCAGCUUUACGUCGUAAGCUUUUAGAUAUGCAAAAUCAAUUUGAUUUACCAUUUUUACAUAUUUAUGCGGAUCCAUAUCUCCUCCUACAACAACGUAGACCUUGUGGUAGAUGUAGACGUGGAGCAACAUGUUGUGAGAAUAACCUUUGUGUUGGUGUAGAUAUUUCUCAAUCAAGUCUAACAUUUGUACCUCCUAUGCUUGAGAACAACCCUAUUGGGGGAUGCAGAUCUGCAUUUGUUCGCCCCUGUAAUAAAUUGAAAUGUGAAAUUAAUUGUAUGUCAUCUAGUACUUCUUUUUUAUCCCAUCAAUGCUUUUGUGUAAGCCCCGAAAAUAUUAGUAAGUUGGGAUUUGCUAGUCGGGAAGCCUUAAAUCUUAAUCAGACACUUAUACAUAGCCUUAUUGGAAAUAACCAAACUGCAGACUCUAAUCAAACAUUAUUACAAAUACUGGAUAAUAUGAUUAGUUACAAUCAAACUUUAGUUGGGUCUAAUAUUACAUUUACUAAUUUGUUAGAUGAUUCUAUGAGAUUAUCCUUAGAUUCAUCAGAUAACUCUAUGAGAAUGUUACUUGCAGAUGCAAUUUCAACACCUCAUCCUGUUGCAACUUAUGGAUAUAUUUUUGGUUUUAUUCAAUCUCAUGGACUUUGUCUAACAAUACCUGGUUAUCAAACAGAAUAUGGUGAAAGUGUAAUAACUGCUAUUGAUAAUAAUAUUACAGUUAUAAAUGAUAGAAUGAGUUAUUCAUCUGAAUUAGACGAUAUACCACUUCUUACAGGAGAUUUUGAUGAAUUUAUAGAUUCAGAUAAUAAUUCCCAAAUACCCCAAGAUAUCACAGAUAAUUUCCGUCAAGAAUUUCUCAUAGCUCUUAAUAGCUUUAGAAGUGUUAUAGGAGCAUAUGCUACUGAUAUGAAUAAAUUAGCUUAUGAUUUUACAAUGGAAGGUAUAGCAAAAUCAAUUGCAAGACAAUGCCAAUUAGCCUCUUUAGGUAACAGUUUUGAUAUUCCUGGAGUACCUCCACUUACAUAUUUAUCUGCAGCUAAUGAAACACUUAUCCCAAAUAAUAUAGCAUCUAUUGUAGCCAGUUGGGCAAAACCUCUUAUAACUUCUAUUGAAAGUGUAGAAUCUCAAAAUUUCAAAAAUACUUUAUUGAAAUCUGCCUCUUCAUUUACAGAAUCUGCUCGUCAACUUUUCAGUGCUCACGCUUCUGGUGUAGGAUGUUCUGUUAUAACAAAUUGUCCAGAAAACCGAUAUUUUGUAGUUUGUCAAUUUAAUUAUAUAGAUCGAAGUGCAAUUCCUUUCAAACCUACAGAGGAUGGUUUAAAUAUUCCUAAACAACCAUGUAGUUGUUGUGGCUCUUUAGCAUCAUGCUGUGAAAAUAAUCUUUGUGUAGGAGGUAAUAGUCAGGCUCAAGAUUACUCACAAUGUUUAAAAUUGAAACCUAGUAAUUUAACAAAUACAACUUGUAGUUCUUCAUUCUUCAAACCAUGUAAAGAUCUAGGUUGUGAGGGUCAGUGUCUAAAACCUCUGGAACAAGAUGAUCAUUUUUAUGAUCAUUAUAUAUUUAAUCAGUGUACUUGUAGUCCAAAAGGAGCUGGAUUAGCUCCUCAAUCUGGUCUUCUUCAACAUGGAAAAGCUCUCAUUAGAGGAUCAUGUGUAUCAGUAAAUACUACUUCUCUAAAUUCCCCAAGUAUACUUACAACUAUAGAUAAUUUAUUAGAUAUCCCAUUAAUAUCAAAUUCUAGAAAUGGAAAUUCAAAAUCUCAAUCACUUUCUAAUGCAAUUAAGGAUCAUUUAAGGAAUCAGCUUGUGAUUCUUGAUGGAAGACCUCUACUCCUUGCCUUAAAUGAACAACGUAGUAAACUAGGUAUUAACUCCGCUAAUAUGAAUAUAUUAAAAUGGGAUUAUUCAAUACAAGGAUAUGCUCAAAAUUGGGCUAUGGUAUGUCUUGCUGGAAAGAAUAACAAUAGUCCUUUUGAAUUUCCUUAUAGAGGUGGAGAAAGUGAAGUAGUCUUUGCAUCUGCACCAAAUGAAACUUACAAUCCAUUUACAUCUCCAAUUGAAGUUGUUCAAAAUUGGUUCUCUGGAAAAGAUUCAUAUGAACAAUUUAUUGAACAAACUCAUAAAUUUAUUGAUAUAGAAGAUAAUAAACAAAUUAAUAUCAAAGUAAAUAAUAAUUUAGGAAUUACUCCAAGUAUCCUUAAUUAUCUAACUGUAGCCCAAGCAAGUUCAACUUCUGUAGGUUGUGCAGUUGUUGAAGGAUGUCCUAAUGCAGGAUUUAUUAUUGUAUGCCAAUUUGAUUCAGCAGUUAAUCUAAAUAAACCUCCUUUCAUUAAUAUUCAUAAUAAUACAUCUUUGACCGAAUUACAAGCUCAUCCUUGUGGUAAAUGUAUAUCUGGCUCUACUUGUUGUUUUAAUAAUAUGUGUGUUGGAUUUAAUCAAAAUUCAAAUAAAUUCUCAGCUCCUCUUCUUACAAAACUCUCUUCAAAUUAUCAAUGUCUCAUUUCUAUCUCAAAAAAUUGCAAUGCAGGUUUUUGUAAAAAGAGAUGUAUUCCUCAAAUUACUAUAGAAGAAUCAAUGCGUAUUCCUCUUUUUAAUACUUCAUCAUUCCAAUUCAUGAUUAAUCAAUGUCAAUGUAUUCCUAAUAAUUUCAUUGGAAGUCCAAUAGAUGCAUGGACAAUUGGACUUGUUCAUAGAAAUGGUCAGUGUGAACAUGUUUUAGGUUUUAAUUCAGAUAUUGUUAAAACUCAAUUAGAUUAUAUUAAAACUGUUGUUAAUAAGGUAAAAUCUCUUGAUUAUCUACCUACUUUAGUAGAUUACCCAACAAAUAACUCUCAAUAUCUAGUAACUAAUGGAAUAUUAUCUGAAUCAUGUAAAAUUGCAAUUAAAAGUUCAGGAUUAACCUUAAAAUGUGUAAUUGAUCCUCUUAAUUGUGGAUCUAGUGUAAGUUGUUACACUUUUCCUAAUAAUCCAGGUUGUUAUUGCAAUACUGACCCUCAAUCACCACAAUGUAAAGCUCUAACUAUUUGUAGAAGAGAUUUGGUUCCUAAUAUUAAGGCAAUACAAGCUAAUUGUGUAGGAAAAAAUGUGUUAAAUUUUGGUUGUCCAUGUUCUACUAAUAUAUUCAGUAUUGAAUGUGGAUGUUAUGUUGAUCCCCUUAAUCCAGGAUGUCCUUGUGAUAAAGAUAGUAAAUCACUUGUAUGUCAAGAUCUACUUAGAACAAGUAGUGUAGCCUUAAAAAAAGUUACUCAUAUUUUAAGUGAAGCUACAAAAACUGGUAGAAUAUUAAGAGGUUAA